AUGUACGAGGACGGGAGAAACACUUACUGCUCAUUUCACAAGAAGUAUGGCGGACGUAUGUGGUAUCCAGAAUUCAAAUGCCGCGUGAAUUCUUGCGAGAGUCGAUCAAUUUCCUUCGCUGAUUACUACUUUUCCACAUGCUGUAAUGAUGCUAUGAAGAAGGUUCAGAAGUGUUCUGAGGAAAUUGUGUUGGGUCAUUUGAACGAGAAAAUAAAAAAUCAGGAACAACGCAAUAGAGACAUUUUGACAAGGCUUGAAAUGAACCAAGCUGAAUUGAAUGAGGGUGAGCAUAGUUUGCGGAAUCUGACGGCAGCGCGAGAUCGAUACUUGAAUUUCAAAAACCCUCCGAGUCUCAAUGAAGAACAUUCUGGCAAUUCAUCUUGCAAGAUUUGCUUCAAUGAGUUUAACACUGAUGAUCGAUUCGAAUCUGCUAUCACCCCAUGCGGUCACAAGCCAAGGUUCAAAUUUCAAUAA